AUGUCUGGAGAGAAUAAAGAUGAUCCUUUACAUGGAUUGGCACCAAAGCUGGUAGGCCUCGUUCGGCUUUGUUCUGCAUUGAAUUCUAAGGACAUAGACUUUUAUCGGAGUAUAGACUCCGGAAUAAAGCAGGAAAGUGAUGACGUUCGGACGAAAUUAUUGGAUAUGCUUAAUCGAUUAGUUAAAUCUUCUAUUUCCAUAUCAACGGAUUUGGAUCCCGAACAAUUCAUUAUCAAGGAUGGCAAAGAAAACGAGAAGCAGAACAUGAAAUUGAUUGGAGAUCUUCUUGACACGUUUUUUGAAAAUGUUGAAAUUGGCAUGGAUGCAUAUAAAAAGUCCAGAAUUCACGAAUAUGAUAAUGGAGCUAAAUCAGGCACGGCAGGCACAAAUACGGAAGAAGAGGGUCCAGAUGGAGUCAAGUACACAUACUUAGACGAUGCAGAUAACUCUACGAGUAAAAAGCUUCCGAUCCAGAUGCAACAUUCGAAAAUCGAAAAGCCUCAAACGAAAUUUGUGCCGAAAGUGGAUAACUUUGAAAAGCAUCCUUUCAAGCCCAAGAUUGAUUCGAAGCCAAAUGCGGUUAUUCCAUUUGAGAAGAGCAUGGAGCUUGUUCCAGCCUCAGAGGCAAUUCCACAGCAUUAUAUUAAUCCAUACGAGUACGAGAUUAUGAAUGCUAAAUACCCAGAUUGGAUAUUUUCACCCAUAGAGCAUCCUUACACAUCUGUUCCCUGGAAGAGCAGCCCACAACCUGGGUGGGUUGAUAAUGUGGAGCAACUUAAAGCACUAUUGUCCGAGUUAGAGAAGUGUAAAGUGAUAGGUGUUGAUUUGGAACAUCAUGAUUACCGAACAUAUCAUGGUCUUACAUCUUUAAUGCAGAUUUCAACGGACACCGGCAAGGAUUACAUUGUUGACCCGCUUUCUGCACAGCUAAGGCCUCAUUUAAGCCUACUAAAUAUUGUCUUCACAAAUCCAGAUAUCAUCAAAGUGUUCCAUGGAGCAUUUAUGGAUAUGAUGUGGCUUCAGAGGGAUUUGGGCCUAUACGUGGUUUCGCUAUUUGAUACCUACUGGGCGGCAAAAGAGUUGGCUCUGGGCAAAUAUUCGUUGGCAUUUCUUUUGGAGAAGUACAUUCAUUUUCGUACAUCGAAGAAAUGGCAACUUGCAGACUGGAGAAUUCGGCCUUUGGGACCCGAAAUGAGGAAUUAUGCUAAGGCCGAUACACAUUUCCUUAUAGAGCUGUUUGGAAAGAUUCAAGCCGAGCUCAUAAAGAAACCAGGUGCCAUGAAACGAGUUUUAUACCAUUCACGAAAAGUUUCAAACCGGAGAUUCGAGUAUGCAACGUACAAACCUCGAAAUGCCGCAGCGUUUGGUGUUGUUUCAACAGGUGGCUCUGUUCCACUUACACCAGAAUUCCAGGAUGCUUUAUUUAGCUUUGAUACAAGCAGAGAGCUCCCUUGGCUAUCGCUGAUGCGUUCAAACGGUAUUCCAGAUACUAAAGGGCCAGUGGUCGAGGCAUUGUACAAAUGGAGAGAUAAUAAAGCACGGAAAGAAGAUGAAUCGAUUAGAUACAUCAUGUCAGACUUUGUUUUGACAUCAUUGGCCAAUUCAUUUUCUCCUGGGGCCAUUGAUCAAAUUACGGAGGCAGCAGUGCUGAAUGUGAUUAAUAGAUCCGCCAGAUUUGGCUCCUCAUACUAUGUGAGGAAAUGCAUCAAAGAUCUUACUGUGUUGAUUAGAGAUGUGAUGAAGCAACUGUCUAGAAUUGACCUGAAAGCAUGGCAGCUUGCUGCUGGUACAAUUACACCUCCGGUCCUGUCAAACACAAAAAUUGAUGCCAAGAAUGUGUAUUCAUCUGUGAGAGAUGUCGAGAGACUAGAUGACGAAUUUGCAGGCCUUUCCUCGCAAUUUGAAAAGCUGAAUUUCCCGGGAAAGACAGAUGAACAGACAGCAAGAUGCUCUCUUGAAAAAGCAGACCCACAAUUAUUUGCAGGUAAGGAAUCUGUUGGAAUUCGAUACUCUAAAGGUGGAAAUGCAGCCACGCCAGUCUCAAAGAAAGAGGCCAAAAGCAGGUUGGACAAGAUUGUGGACAGAUUCGCAAAGAAUACAGAGAGAGUUACUCUUGCAGACCUACAAAUAGAGGAAGAAGCCAAGCAUGAAAAUGCAAAUGAGAUACAGAAUGAAGAAGCUGAACAUGAUGUAGAUGAGCAAAGGCCAAAGAGGGAGGACAAAAAUGAAAUUAUAACACUAAGAAAGCAUCAGAACAGAAAUAACAGGAGGAGAGGAAAAGUACAAAGGAAUGAUGGAGAGAGUAUUGAUUUAUCGAAAAGAUUACUCGAACCGAUUGACGACAGAAAGAGAAGAAGAAAGCACAAAAAGAGAUCAUACGAUCCAUAUGCGGAUUCUUCGAAGCAGAAUCCAAAUAUACCUCUUGCCAGAAAGAGGAAGAGGAGGGACCUGGGAAAGCAGGCCACUUUUAAGAAAUAG